AUGCACAUCCUUGUUGUUAACGACGACGGCCCCCCAUCCAACCAAUCGUCGCCAUAUGUUCAUUCCCUCGUAGCCACUCUUCAAGACGCCGGUCAUUCGGUCUCGGUGGUCCUACCUAAUGUUCAGAGAUCCUGGAUCGGGAAGGCCCAUAUAGUCGGCCAGACUUUGACCCCCUCUUAUUUUCACCCAGGCACUCUUCAUCAGGACGACGGCAUCACUUCGCCUCGUCCCUUCAACGACGGCGGAGAGGAAUGGAUCUUAGUCGACGGCACACCUGCCAGCUGCGUGCAGAUAGGUCUGCAUCAUGUGUUCAACGAUAAAAGCCCCAUCGACCUGGUCCUGAGCGGCCCGAACUACGGCCGCAAUACGACGGCCGUCUUUGCCUUGUCCAGCGGCACUCUCGGUGCCGCGUUGGAAGGCGCAAUCAAUGGAAAGAAAAGCAUCGCAUUGUCGUAUGCUUUCGACUCGAGAGAGCAUGAUCCGGAAAUCAUAGCCGCGGCCUCAAAGUUGAGCACGAGAUUAAUAGAGAAGCUGGUAAAAGACUGGCCGGACGAUGUCCAUCUCUAUAGCAUCAACGUCCCUCUUCGCAAAGGCGUGGAAGACGCCAAAAUCGUCUACGCUGAAAUGCUCCAGAACUCUUGGGUCAGCGGAAGUUCUUUCCAGGACUUACCGGAAGAAGCGGAUGACGAGGACCCUAAUGUCGAAGAGCAGACCAUCCGCGAAAGCAGCGAGGCCAACGGGGAUGCCACUGUCUCUCCACCAAUUCCCAAACGCGCUCAUCGAAAGUUUAAAUGGUCGCCCAACUUUGCAGACGUGCGCAAGGCUGUUGUGGAUGCUCAGAAGGGCGACGGAUGGGAGGUGCUCCAGGGGAAUGUCACCGUAACUCCGUUGGUGGCCAAUUUCUGGCACUUGCCUCACUAUACAGGCGAAAUCAAGCUUGAUCCCACGGCAAGCUUGGUCAGCCAGAAAGAGGCUCGAGUACCGUUGCCUCUGUAUGUGCUGGUUGACUACCCGGAUGGGUACGUCCAGCCGCUCAUCCUAGAGGCUCUUAGAGGUCUCAAAGACACACCAAUAAACAUCAUUUCUUCGCUCAGUCACCUGUCGAACCCAGAAGAUCCUGUUUUACAGUUCACGGCGUAUGAAUCUCUAGAUUUCGAACACGCUAUGCAACACCCGCGGACCUCUCUCGUAUGCGCGUAUGUCAUCCGAAAAGCCCUUAUCCGCAAGCACUACCUGUCGAACACGGUUUCCACAUGGCUCGUGAAACACCCAGACAGCAGUUUGGCCAGACACUUCAAGCCCUGUGUGCACUUCGAGCUCGACUAUGCCGAGUUUCUAGACGAAGCCCUGGUGGAUGCUUGGGACCUGAAUGCGAGCAUGGCCGAUAACGAGCAGAUUAAUGCCCUCGAGAAGAGAGCCUGGUGGAUCCUCAAACCGGGAAUGAGCGACGGCGGCAACGGAAUCCGACUAUUCUCCAGCAUGGAAGAACUACAAACGAUCUUUGAAGAGUGGGAAGAGACCUUUCCAGACGAUGAUGCCGAGGACGAUGAUAGCUCACCUGUCAAUUUCGACGCACACCCACCAAACACGGCCGAAGUUGGUGAUGGUAAUGCAAUGACCUCUCAGCUCAGACACUUCAUCGCCCAACCCUACAUCGACCCUCCUCUUCUGCUCGAAGCAUAUGGUAAUCGGAAAUUCCAUAUCAGGGCGUACGUACUGGCGGUGGGGGCUCUGAAAGUCUACGUAUAUAAGGAGAUGCUGGCCCUCUUUGCCGCAAAGCCAUACCAGUCGCCCUUUGGCUCGGAGGAUUCUGAGGUCCUGGACCUGGCACAACAUUUGACAAACACCUGCUUUCAGGAUGAAACAACCAAAGAAUCAUCGGUCUACCGCUUCUGGGCCCUUGAUUCGCCCGGCAUGCACAACGGAUGGAAAGAAGCCAUCUAUCAACAGAUCUGUGAUGUUACCGGAGAAAUCUUCGAGGCUGCCGCCCGUGAGCAGAUGGUCCAUUUCCAAGCAAUCCCCAAUGGCUUUGAAAUAUUUGGCGUCGACUUCUUGGUCGACAAGGAUGCCAACGUCUGGUUGCUGGAACUCAAUGCCUAUCCGGACUUUAAACAGACGGGACAGGAUCUACAAGACGUUGUCAUUGGUGGCCUUUUCAAGGAGGUCAUCGACGUGGCGGUGGCACCGUUCUUUGGACACCCUGCACUCAAGUCCUCCCGGAUGCCGUUGGUUAGAUCCCUCAAUUUAGGUCGAGGAUGA